CCUUAUCGUCAUGUGUCAAAUAAUGUACAAAUUUAAUUGUUAUGAAAUUUUUUGUAUUUUUCAUAAUGGAAUCGUAAUAUGGAACUGAAUUAUCCAAAUUUAGCGAUUCUUCUAAUGAUGACUGUCAUCGGGGCCACCAGCGAGGCCCCAAGGGUGAAGCGUUUAUCCUCUGCCGAAUUCAAGGGGGACGCCACCCUCGAGCUGGCCAAGUACGUGGUCUCUAUACGAUCAAGGACACCGCAGACGUUCUUUGGCGACAAUCACUUUUGUGGCGGUGGACUUCUAUCGCGGCGCUGGGUGCUCACCGCCGCCCAUUGUGUGAUGAACCAACUCAAGGUCAUAUACAUGCCACGGAUGCUGCUGGUGGUGUCCGGAACACCCCACCGUUUGCGCUUUGUCAAAGACAGAACUGUGUGUUCGCCGGUGAAAUCGGUGCAUGUGCCCAAGAACUUCAUCAUGUACAAUACGAUGAAUAUGGCGCUGAUUUGUCUGAAGCACAAGUUGCCCUUGGAUAAUCCAAACAUUGGAUAUCUUCUCCUGCCCCUGACGCCGCCCCAGAUGGGAGUGACUUACUCGGUGCUCGGCUGGGGGCGAAUGUAUUCGGAAGGCCCCCUGUCUUCCGAAAUUUUACAACUGGAAGUGGCCCUCAUGGACACCAAGAAGUGCCUGUCGCACUUCAAAUACUUUCGCCCCGGCAUGCUAUGCGCCGGCAAAGAUAAUUCAACCAUUGACGCUGAUCCCUGUUCUGGCGAUAUCGGUGCCCCGGUCAUAUGGAACGGGGUGGUGGUGGGCAUUGUGUCCUAUCCCCUGGGCUGUGGCUCCGAUAUCCUGCCCUCCAUUUACACGGAUGUUCACUCCGGCCUCAAGUGGAUCACGGAAACGGCCUAUGCCUCUUUGGCGGAGGGGUUGAGGCCACUCCUUGUCAUGGUUUUGUCAUCGUUGGGAGUGCUGCUCACACUAUAAGCCGGCUUUCUAAAACAAAAUCAUGUAAAUAUUCGGAUGACCAAAAUGAUCAUUCUAUGUAUGUAUGUCUGUGGAUCCAUAUUUUCGUACUAACUGUGCUUUCAUUUUGGUAAAUGCAUUUUGAAUACAUGAAAUCUUGAAAAAUCUUAAA